AUGGCCUUCCUUCCCUGCUGCUUCUCAAGGAGGCUGGCCGAAGCAACAGAAGUAGCAACAACAACAAUAACGCAAGGAGCAAGAGCCCUUAGAGGCAACGCGACGGGAAUUCGGGCUCUUUGUUACGCAGGCCACACAUACGGCAAGCCUGUCUUUGCUUCUGCGGCAGGGCUCACAGAAUGCAGGAAUGUGGGCCAGCCAUUUGGGGCUUUCAGGUUUGCCUACAUAGGCGCACUAGUGGCAGGUGCCAGAGCAGCAACAGCAGCAGCAUACCAUGUGGCGACGCCAGCAGCAUCAAUUGCAGCAAGCCGCUGGCUCUGCAGUCGCGGCUUUGCGUCUGGAGUAGGGCAGCAAUUUAUUUUCGCCCCAGGGCAGCAGCGACAGCAGACUCACCCGCAGGAAGAGUCCCAUCAGCCGCCGUCGCCAGCUCCUCGGGCGCCGCCAAACCAACGGCAGCAGCAAAAACAGCAGCUGCAGCAGCUUGUAUUAACAGGGGAUGCAGCGGGAGCAGCAGCCUUGCGUCUGUAUAGCAUGAGUGAUUUGUUGCGCUCCUUGUUUGUAUUUAGUUUGUGCCGGCACCAUUGGCUGGUUGACAACUGGGAGUCCCUGUUGAAUGUUUCUUGUCGCAUCUUUGGAAGCCGCGCUGUCUUCGCUUUCAUUAGAUUUUCUUUCUUCAAAGUCUUCUGUGGAGGAGAAGCUUUGGAAGAGGUUGUGCAAACCCUGGACAAACUCAAGCAGAGAAACUUGGGAGCCAUAUUGGAUUAUGCUGCAGAGCAGCAGCUACCUGGCCUGCCGGGCGCUGCUGUGCGCACUGAAGACCACACUCACAAAUUCACCACUGCCGUGAAGAUCACAAGAGAAAUAAUACGUUUAGCAGGAGGGAGAGGGGAAGGUUUCGUCGCAACAAAGGUCACAGCUUUCGGGCCCACAGAACCAAUGUUCCUUUUCAACUCGCUGGUGCUGCAAACAGACAAGCUCUUCGCAAAAAUUGCAGGCAUAGAGGCCGUAGCGUCUAACGGCAGGCCCUAUCCGAAGCAGUUAGCAGCAGCGGAAGUUUCGGAAGAUCGAUUUAUCUCCGCAUUGACAGCUGAAGGAGUGGGGGCUCUUGAGGCAGAGUCACUUUUCAAGGAGUUGCUGAAACAGCCGGGAGGCAGAAGCAGAAGCAGCAGCAGCCCUAGCGAGAAGAAGACAGUGUCGUACUUUCAGUGGAGCCACAGGGUCACUCCCGACGCGGUCGGCCAUGAUGGUCCUUUGCAAUGCCUGCAGAAGGUCUUGCCGAUAUUGAGUGCUGAAGACUUGCUGGUCUACGAAGAUAUUUGCUCACGCUUUUUUUCUGUCUGCGAAUACGCCGCACAGCAGCAGCAGCAGCAGCAGCACCAAAAGCCGACCAUGCUGUUGGUGGAUGCGGAGCAGAGCACCUUGCAAGCAUUCAUUCAUCUCAUAACUGUCCAGGCGCAAAAGAAAUACAAUUUGGAGAGACCAGUGAUUGUGAACACCUACCAGGCGUACCUCACAGAUACAAGAGACCGUCUAGAGCGUGAUCUGGAGCUAUCUAAUAUUUUUGGAUUUGCCCUAUCGGUCAAGUUGGUGCGGGGCGCCUAUGUCUGCCAAGAGAUCAAAGCAGCAUCGGAAACGGGGCAGCCCCUGCAGGUAUUCAGCGGCAUUGAAGGUACACACAAGAGCUUCGACGCGUGCCUUCAGUUCCUACUGCGGAAUUUGGACCAAGUUUAUGCUUUCAUAGCGUCCCACAACGCACGUUCUUUAGAACUGGCCGCGAGCUUGCUGAGAGGUGGUGGGGCUGCUAUCGAGGCUGACGGAUCUUCUCGGAAGGUGGCGUUUGGCCAGCUGUAUGGCAUGGGGGAUGCGCUUUCUCAGGGGCUGUCUUCUGCGGGUUUUGAUGUAUACAAAUAUGUGCCCUUUGGGCCCGUGGAAGAUACUAUUCCCUACCUUCUCCGCAGAGCACAGGAAAAUACUGGCAUGCUUGGAGGCGCCCAAAAUGAAGUCAGAUAUCUUUGCCAUGAAAUCACGAGGAGAGUUCUAGGCCGCAAAUAA